AUGGUGCAGUAUGUGUUUACGCCUUGGCGAGACCGCCAGGAGCUGCUCCUUGUGCGGGAGCAGUUCUAUGGCUCUGAGGCGUUGAUGCAGGCCGUUGGUGGCAUCCAGGGCGGCGCAGCUUACAGCCACCAUCAGCAACGGAAUCAGGACCAGAGGCGAGGAGGAGUCGAGGGUGGCAGAGACGCAGACGCCGAGGACCAGCAGCGUCGAGAGGAGGGGCAGGGCUUGAAUCAGGGGGAUGCACGGCGCACUACCGCUGCGGCUGCGGCUAAGAAUCACCAGACAUCACGAGAGCAGGGAAACGGAGAGAAGCACAAGGCCGUGGGGCGAGUCUCCAUGUGGAUGCAGCGCGGCAACUGUCCGCACAUGGUGGAGUCGACGGCACUGCUCAUGGCUGCAGUCCUGAGUGACGAGGCCGCGGCCACGGGGAAUGCAGGAGCAUCGACGUAUGCUGUGAGGGCUGCAUAUGCAGCUGCGUUUAGUCGCUUCGUCACAGGCUUGUUGGAUGGGCAUCAAGACAAGCUGCGUAAACAGAGCAUGUACUCAAUCGCCAAGAACAUUGGCUUGCCGGCUACCUUUGUUGAGCUUAGGCAUCAGGCCACGCAUGAGCAGCUGCCAUCCCUUGCUAAGCUGCGAUCCGCCGCAAGAAAGGCUCUGGUCUGGAUUUGGGACUACUACUGGAAGCACCUGGGGGAGGCAGAAAAGGCCAAAGAUCCAUGCAGGGAGCUGGUCUUGUCCUAUCUGCGGGAGGACGACGAGGCAGCAAGACUGAGAAUCAUGGGGCAGCUACGUCAGUGGGAUCUUGUCUACUUGCAAACGACAAUUGCCGAGCUGCAGAAGACGUUGCCUGGGAACCAAGUGUUUCUCAAGUGCUUGAAACUGUCCAAAGAUAUGGCGGCUAUGGCCACCGAAGAGGCAAACCAUCCGGAACCGGAGGGGAGUGGGAUGCCGGAGGAACAGGAACAGGGACAGGAACAAGAGCAAGAUCUGGACCUGGAUCCGGACCGAAGCCCGGAGCCGAACACGGGAUGGUCCCGUUAUAGUGGUGCUUGGAAACCGAAACCCAUUGGCAUAGCGUGA